AUGACUCCAGUCAGAGCCCCCAAGGCCAACUACACUCUUAUUGGAGAGGCUAUACGUUAUGUCAUCCCUGCACCUAUGCAAUGCUCAAUUGGCUGUGGAGGACAAAACUGCAAGUAUGAUAACCCAGGUUACUGGAGAGACGACCAACAGGCCAUUAAAGGCCUCUACUCUUCAUGGGUUAGUGACUUUCUUCUCGCCAUGUCCAGACCAUCAACUCAAACUAUUGAGAAGUACAAGAUCAUUGAUCAAUUCAAAAAGAAUGGCAUUAAAACAGUGAUAAACCUGCAGAUACCUGGUGAACAUGCCAGCUGUGGAAACCCUCUGGAGCCAGAGAGCGGUUUCUCUUAUCGCCCAGAGGUUUUCAUGGAAAAUGACAUUUAUUUCUACAAUUUUGGCUGGAGUGACUAUGGAGUAGCCAACCUCACCACUGUGUUGGACAUGGUGAAGGUCAUGGCCUUCGCUCUGCAGGAGGGAAAGAUCGCAGUUCACUGUCACGCCGGUCUUGGAAGAACAGGUGUGCUUUUAGCAUGUUUUCUGGCCUAUGCUACCAGAAUGACUGCUAACCAAGCUAUUCUAUAUGUGCGUGCGAAACGGCCCAACUCCAUCCAGACGCGUGGUCAGCUGCAUUGUGUCAGGGAGUUUGUACAAUUCCUUGCCCCUUUGAGGAGCGUGUUUUCCUGUGCUGAGCCUCAAUCUAACAAAGUCACCCUGUCCCAGUAUCUGAACCGCCAGAGACAUAUAUUACAUGGCUAUGAAAGGAAGGAGCUGAGGAACCUUCCCAAGAUUGUUCAGCUGGUGUCCAGGCUGCUGUUGGACAUUGUAGAGAAUCGACAGGUGAUUGAAGAGGACAUCCUGGAAGCUCCAGAUCUUCAUGACUUGGAAAUGACUCUUAGUAUUAUUGAGCAGAUGGGUCCAGAGGUGUUUUCAAAGGAGCCACGUUUACCAGGUUCGCCAACUUUACCUAGACAUUUCAACGAGCCACCAAUCUUCUACCAUCGCAAGAGCCUGAGCUACAGCGAGUCAGACUUGAGGCGACUGGGCUCUCAGCUCAACCUCCUCACACAACCACUCAGCUCUUUGUCACAGACGGCCAUCAAUAAGCCCUUUGCUCCCUCACGGCCAGCUCACCCUCAAAUUGAUAUUCACUACUGGAACAGCAACCUAUCUGAGGUCUCACACAGCUCAACAGGCUCACUCUGGAAAGUAAAGAAUGAAGAAGGCCAAAAAGACGGAUCCAUUCUGCUGCGGAAAGUGACCCAGAAAACAAUGCUACGUAGCGAAUCUGUGGGGAACAGAGAACCCACUAAAAAAGGCAGCAUGCUGUCCAGGUGGAAAGCAGAGCAAAGGGAGGAGUUAGCCAUGAACGGGAAAAAGUCUGAAGCUCGAGAAGAGGAGCAAUCCGAUAAAUCAGAGGUUCCCUUCAUCACCCUGCAGACAGAGCUGUCUCUGGAAAGCAGGAGGCUGUUAGUGGCACAGGCCCUGGCAGUCGACCUUUUUAUUGAUGGGGAAGAGGAGCACAAGAGCAAAGUCUUGGCAUGGCAGGCCGACCUAAACCAAGGUGGUGGCUGGGAGAGGCUCUGCUCAGAGCGGGACCCUUUCAUCCUCUCCGGGCUUAUGUGGUCAUGGCUGGAGCAGCUUAAAGAGCCGGUCAUUUCCGUGCAAGAGGCCACAGCCCUGAACCCUUACUGCACUGAUGCUCAAACCAUCCUCAACACACUCAGCCAGGCUGCCAGAGAAACAUUAAUGUGCAUACUAGACUGCAUGGCUCAAAUGAUGACCAUACCAGAAGAGGUUGAAGAAGCAUUCCUGAAUCGUACUAUCAAAGCUCUCACCUGGUCGCAAAAUGACUCAGAAGAUGGAAGGAAAGUAUACGAGUCGAUGACUACAGUCCUACAGUGUGUUCUUUGGGACAUGAGAUGUGAGAUCACAGAUGAAGACGAGACACGUUUGUCUCCAUGCUCUUUGAAAUAG